GCCGUCUCCGGACUGAAUAUCGUUUCGUUUUCCCAAUAGAAUUGGUAGAAAGACGUUCUGCUUAUGAGGGCAUAGAGGCUCUCUUGCAGAUUCACCCCUUCGUGGAUUCUUCUAUGGAUGACUUCGAGUACGAGGAGUCUUCCCAAAGCGAGGAGGUACCGACGAUGCUCUACGGACAACUCAUCCAAGCCAAUGAGGACCUUGCACACAGCAAGCAAGUGGCAAGAUCCCCGGAUUCCGUUCGCGACUUUUGGCUUUGGCGAAAUGUCAAGGUAUCUAAUUUCACUGAAUCGGAUGAAGAAUAUGUCGAUGUUCGGAAUUUGGAUGAAGACCAACUCGCUACUUUCUCGCUCCCUGAGGCAG